GUCAUGAGUCACGUGAUAUUGUGACAUGUCAACAAAAGAAACCGAAAGUUGAAUAGCCUGGUGUCUAACAUUUGCAGCCUAGAUGCUUACCUUUGCAGCCUGGUUACUUUACGGAUUGUAACGAAUGAACCAAGAGCUUAUUGACAGCAAAACACAAGACUCGGGAAAAAAUCAGAAAUGGCUGUAGCUCUUCAAAAGCAUAAUGCAACCACACUGGAGGAGCUGCACCCUGGAGAUUUAGUGGAGUUUGAUCGAGGGAUGUAUUCCCACUGGGCAGUUUAUAAAGGCAAAGGUCGAAUUAUUCACUUGGCUGGUGACGAAAAUGAUGGCUUAAACGCGAAUCUCAAUUCUGGAAAUAUUUUUACAAUAUGUGGAAGGCGUUUUAACAAAGCGUUUGUGAGAGAGGAUGACUUCUGGGAGGUUACCGGGGACUCGAAAGCGUAUAAAAAUAAUAAAAGGGAUCAAAAGAUGACACCUCGCGAUGGAAAAGAAAUUGUGAAAAAAGCUAUGGAGAUGAUUGGAGAGAUCGGUUACAAUCUGUUGUGGGGAAAUUGCGAACAUUUCGCAAAAUUUUGCAGAUACGGCAAGUCGAAGAGUGACCAGGUGGAUAGUUUCCUUACCAUGGCCAGUGUGGGCGUUGCCUUGGCUGCUGUGGCCGGCUAUGUUCUACCAAAACUCCUCGGCUCUGGUGAAGAAGAAAAAGAAAAGAAGAAGAAAGAAUCUGCGUAUCAGUGAUAGCUUUGAGCUCAAGAACUGUGAUAGUUAUAAGAGUUAUUAUGGAUAAAUAUCGAUAAAAAUAAACAUUUAUCCUUUCUCUAAUUUUGUUGAGAAUAUUUUUUCUUUGUUUUUGUGUGUCUCUUGAUAAAAGACACUUGUUUGAAACCUAACUUAACGCAUGAAUUAUUCACAUAAGUAUUUGUGGUUGUUGCUGUUCCACAGUCAUCAAAAUGACUCAAUUUUAAUUAAAGAAAUUUUGAAAGCAUGCUUCAACAUACUCAAGAUACAACUUACUCAAGAUAUAUCGGGAAAAUGUGCUGGAAUGACUUUGUAAAACAUACCAUAUAUUGUUAGUUGAUACUUUUUACAUUCUAUAUACAUUUAAUCAUAUGUGUUGUGUUGUCUGUGUAGUUUAUUGACCGGUAAAUGCGCACAAUAUAGGUUCAUGCAAAAAAAAUGUUUCUUUUUAACUUUAAUGCAUUGUCAUGUUUAACUCAUUAAACUUAAAUGAUAAAAACUAAAAAGUAAAUGAUUUGGGUAUAGAUGGAAAAUAUAAGCCUUUAUAAAUGGAUGUUUUGAAUUAUUAGCUACAUAGCUACAAAUUCCCCUGUUAAAAAGCGGCAAAAUAUUGCUAAUAUCUUUUUUACUUGAACUAAAUAUUAUGCUUUUUUGUUUUGAUCAUUAUAAAAUCUAAAAAGUUAAACACGAUAAUGCAUUGAAAUAGUUUGCUUCAACAUGCAGUGAGCGCCUUUAAACAUGCGUAUUGUUAAAGUGACACUCUUAUUCAAAAUUAAUACAUACACAUGUAUAACAAGCAUGCAAUUUGAGUGAUUAAUCUUAAACUUCUAACUAAAUAAUGUUUUAAUGGGAAAUAUUAAUUACUGCUGAAACGAUUGAAACCGUGUAUUUAAUACCUGAACUCGCAAAAAUAUUAAAUGAUUGGUGAGUGCUAAAAGUUUUACUGUGAUCAACUCUCAUAUCAUAAGCUAGAAAUACCGUGUUUUAUGCUCCUUUAUUUCAAAUUAAACUCGGUAUCCUUCAGAAGAAUCAUUGUUUUUGACAUUUAUUCAUCCGUUUUUGGUAUAUUAAAACUAUUGUAUUAAUUUGGUAAAUCUUAUUUUGGAGUAAGAGUGCAUCUUUGAAAAUGUGAUGUUUAUUGUUGCUUUUUUGUGGUAGGAGUUAACUGUUAAAUGUUAUAACGUUGUAAUCAUUUUUGAUCCAAUCGGAUGACAGUAUAUUAAGUAUAUCUUAUAUGUAACACUUAGUGAAGAUUAUAUUUAAGAUUUAAAAUUUAACAGGUUUUUCAUUUUUUUUUAAAUAUACAAUAUUGGAUCACAAGCAGAAAUAACAGUUUAUUGAAAACAUGUACCUCAAAAUGUAAAUGUUUUUUUUUAAUUCAAUAAGUCAUUCCAAAUUUUAAUUUAUAAAAUGUUGGACUACAAGAAGAAAAGCCAGUUUAUUGAACUCGCGUACCUUAAGAAUGUUAUUAUUUAAGUUUGAUUUUCAAUUUAAUAAGUUAUUCCAAAUUUUUACGUUUUUCAAUGAUGGAUCACAAGCAGAAAAGCCAGUUUAUUUAACUCAUGUACCUUAAAGAAUGUUAUUAUUUAAGUUUGAUUUUCAAUUUAAUAAGUUAUUCCAAAUUUUGAGAUUAUAAAAUGUUGGAUUACAAGAAAAUAACCAGUUUAUUUAACUCAUGUACCAAUGAAUGUGGUUAUUUAAGUUUGUUUUUCAAUCCAAAUUUUUAAGAUUAUACAAUAUUGAAACAAACGCAGAAAUACUAGUAAAUAAAACUCAUGUACCUAAAGAAUGCGUUUAUUUAAGUAUGUUUUUUUGUUUGUAACGAUAGAAAAUGUCAUUAUAUAGUAACCAAGGGUCUUUGAAAACAUGCUGGAACAUAUGCACUCUGUGAUAAAUGCCUUUAAAAUCACAAUGCACUCUGUGGGUGAGUGCCUUUAACAUUAUCAAUUACUAAGAUUUAACUAAUGUGAUGUAAUGGCUUAGCAAUAGAUAUGGCAUAUUGUAAAUGUAUUUAUCAUUCUACAAGGAAUAUAUUAUAUGCUUAUGUUUCUUGUGUUGUUGUUCGAGUGACUAUGUUAUCAAAUGUGAUAUUUAUUGUUUUUGUUUUGUUGUGAUAGAAACUGUGAUGUAAAUGAUAAAAAUAUGACAGUAUUUUUUCAAAAUGUUUGAUGUUAAAUUUUCAUUUUGAUCGAUGACCGAUCGAUCGAUUUGCCUGUAUUAUAGGUUGAAUCGUCAACAUGUUGGUUGUUCAUACUGAAGGUUUAUAUUUAUAGUGUAUACAUGUAACUUUUUAAUGUCAUUUAUGAGUAUCAUUAAACCAGACAGUUAAAAUGAA